AUGAGCUCCCUGACCGAUUCUACCAUCGCCAUGCCCAUGUCUACCCUUACUCGCCGCACGCAAGACCGGCACUCGACCCGCCGGACCGUCAACACCCUGCUUGCCAAGUCUGCUGCGGCAUUCCAGUCCGCUCUGGAGCUCAUGGAUCAGGAUGGACAGGUGGAGGAUGUACGUGGAGCGAGCAUGAGCCUGGCGUUGCUUCAUGCUUUCCAGACGAGUUUGGGCGAGGGUGGGGAGGGGCUGACUAGGGCUGCUGCGGAUCUUCUUGCCUCCACCGCGUCAAUAACAAUGCGGCGUGAGAUGGUUGAUAUCAUCGAGGCCAAAUUCAUCGAUGGACCGCUGGACGAUCUCAAGUGGCCUUCGCUACCGCCACAGGCCGCCGCCGCCGACAACGAGAGCGAUUCGGACGCGGACGAAGCCAUCCGAUCCGCUUGGACGACCAUCUCGAACCGGCUCCAGAGCCCACGCCUCGCAUCGUCUCCACCCGUUGACCUGUCCUCCCUCCCCCACAACUGGGCUGUCGUCAGCAUCUCCGUCGCAUCUGAUCAUUCCACCAUGUUCCUCUCUCGGCACCAACGAGACCAUCCACCGCUCGUCCUCUGCCUUCCGCUCGAUCGUACAGGAGAACGCGAGAGCGAGGAGAAUGAGCUCCCGUUCCAAGCUGCCCUCGACGAGCUGCAGGAAAUCGUCAGGGAGAGCGAUGAUCAGGCGCAGGCGGCCAAGCAUAUUUCAGACAGCGAGGCAAAGCAGGAAUGGUGGGCCUUCCGGACGGCGCUCGAUGAGCGCAUGGGCGAGCUGUUGGCAAGUAUGGAAAAGAACUGGCUGGGUUCAUUCAAGUCUAUACUGAAGCCUCAAUCUUCCGUCACGCCGAAUAGGAUCCAGGUCCUCCGGCGCAAGAUGGAGAAGAUCUUCAAUGAGGCUCUAGCGGGUAUCGGAACGGAUCUGCGCCGCGUCAAGACGGUUCGACUGGACGAUGCGGUCCUUGCGUGCUUUGCGACGCUAGAUGGGCAGACGACGGACGAGGAGAUUGAGGAUCUGGUGUACUUUGUGCUGGACUUUUAUGGGUUUCAUGGGAUACCUGUCGCUAUCGCCGAACUGGAUAUCGAUCAGAUCGGCGUGGACGUCAAACAAGCCCUACACGAAAUCGCCAUUUCCCACUCCACUCCACCUACCUCCGCACAGCCGGAACACCUCCUCCUCGUACUCGACAAGAACGUCCAGGGCUUCCCAUGGGAGUCCAUCCCCGUCCUCCGAGGUCUGCCCGUCAGCCGGAUCCCAUCCCUCCCUUUCCUACUCGACCAUCUCGAGUUUGCCCGGCUCACCUCCCCCGAAAAGGCCGGUCUGCUCUCCGUGAAUGCCCGCAAAGUCUUCUACGUCUUGAAUCCCUCGGGCGAUCUCGCGCGGACGCAGACACACUUUGAGCCGUGGUUGGAGCAGAUGAAGGCUAGGGCUGGAUGGAAGGGCAUUGUCGGGCGUCCGCCGACGGAUAUGGAGCUGGCGAAUGCGCUGAGGGAUUGUGAUCUUGUCUUAUACUUUGGACACGGCGGUGCUGAACAGUAUAUCCGGUCAAAGAAGGUUCGGGUCUUGCCCAAAUGCGCAACUACCAUGCUUUGGGGUUGUUCCUCAGGCCACUUGAAGGAUCAAGGGGAUCUGGAUCGUACAGGCACAGCUUGGACAUACAUGAUGGCUGGAUGUCCAAGUCUCAUCGCCAAUCUCUGGGACGUGACCGACCGAGAUAUCGACCGCCUCUCCACAGAAGUACACAAGAAGCUCGGCCUAGACGCAUCCCACCUAGGCUCCUCCUCAUCCUCCACCGGCCUAUCCACUGCCUCUUCGUCUUUCUCCCUGGCGCCUAGACGGCUGGGCGGGAAAUCUGCACCAUCCGAACCGGCGCUUCUGCCGCUGAGCGGACUGUCCACGGUCCAGGCACUGAAUUCCAGUCGGGAUGAUUGUCGUCUAAAGUACUUGACAGGAGCGGCGCCGGUGGUUUAUGGUCUGCCGGUCUACAUGUUCUAG